GAUUAACGAUAAGCCGUCACGUGUUUCCUUUUGCUGUCAAUUGAAGAAAACGAAGCCCAAAAAGAUUUUUAAAAAGUUAAAAUGAAAAAAACUCAAUGCUUCAAGAAAUGAAAGAAGUCCACUUCUUUUGUGUAAAAUCAGAUCAGAUAAAUUAGAAGACUGUUUUGCAUUUCGAUUUCCAGUUCCGAUCUCAAUUUCUAACAAAAGAGAAAAUAAUAGGAAGAAGAAAAUAUGACCUCGAAUCCAACACUUUUGCCCGAGAUCGGACCCGAUGGACUCGCUAGGGAACCUUCUGUCAUUGCCUACACUGAGAAGAUAAUCGAGGAGGAGCGGCUUCAACUCACGAAUUCUGUUGUAAUGAGGAAAGCCUUCUUCUAAUCUGUGGGCCUUUGUAGAAGAAAAGAGGAGAAAUCGAUAGCGUUGAAGAAUUAGCUUUAAGCCUUACACUGUAAUUCAGAUCUAAAGAGACAGGAUGUGAUUAGGGCCAUCGCAUGAAGUUUUCGUUAGAGUUUGAUACUGCUUGAAACGGGAUUUGAACCUUAAAUCUCAAAUGAUUUUGAUGUUUGUUGCUCUAGUUAAGUUCUUACCAUUUGAUUCCGGAAUCUAUUCUAUUUGAGCUUGGUGAUGGACUCUGGCAUUUUUAUUUUUUUUCCUUUGAGUUCCAUGAGUUGCUUUUACUAAAUAUUAAAAACUUCAGUUCGUUGUUUACUAGCUCAAUUAAUCAAGCCAAAAAUGUAGUUCUUUUUCUCAUUUCAAUUUGGUUGUUAAAAUUUUGUUUGGAUUUAAGAAUUAAUUUUCCUGUGUGUAGCACUCGUACAAAAGGUUGAGAGAGGUAUACGCCUUGUAUAGUUAUUAUUUCUCGUCUUUUUAAUGUUCUUUGAGUUUGUUUCUCAUGAUUGCAUUUGUUGGUGGGAUCUUGUCUAAUCUCAUAUGCAUGCUUUCAGAUAUAUAGCCGAAAAUUAUUCUAAAAUUCAUGAUAUUGAAAGAGAACUAGCAAAUCUUACCAUGGAGAUGAAACUCACUGCUGGGCCGAAAAAAGCAGCCCUCGAACAUAUGAGAAAGAAAAUUGAAAUGUCAACUGAGAGAAUACGCAUUGCCAAGGAGAAUGAAGAACAAGCACGGAAGGCUUGGGAAUCAGCAUCAAAGGCUCUGCAUGAUGAGGAAGCAAUUAAGCAGAAGCUAUGUGAGGACUUGAACAAUCUGGUUCAAGAAAGCAGUAACUCUCAAUUUGCUCGGCUUGAGGAGUUGAAAAGGCGAUUGGAAGCUCUGAACCCAAGUAAAAAAUCCACUUUUUCUGAUCAUGACAUGAAAGCAAUUGGAUUGACACAACACGCUGCAACCAUAGGCGUGUCCUCAGUUCCACAAACAACAGAAUCGGGCUCUACUGUUUCCACAACGGUACCUCAUCAAGGCAAUGGUGGGAAUGUUCAAGUUAUGAAUGGGCAGAAUCAACUUGCUACUAAUGAUGGAGAAGUAAAAGGAAAGAAGAAAAACACUUUUCAAGGAAGAGGAAAGGGGAUUGGUGCGGUGCCCAAGAGUCGAGGAUCUGCAGCACCUGGUUGGACAGGAGCUGGGUUUGAUGUGGAUGCUAGAACUUAGAAGCAUUUUUCUGGAUUUUCUCUUUUCUUUGCUGAAGGAUCAAGGCAACAAUCAGUGUUUUCUCAUGUUGUGGGGUAUCACCAGUCUUUCUUCCCCUUUGUUUUUUUGAUCUUUACCUUGUAUUCUUUCAAUUGCUUAUAGCUUGUUGAUAUGAAUGUGGCAUUUGACUUUAUGUCAUUAGUAUUGUCUUCAAGUAGGAAAUUAUUUAGAAACAGAUAUAGAAUAAGAAACUCAUAUCUUUAAAAAAAUAAUAGAAAAGGAAACCUCUUGUGUGAA